UAGAGACGUCCCUUCUCUGUGUUCUUCAGGUUGGUUUUUCAAGGAUUUUAUUUAGUUCAUUCAGAUCGGCUGAUAGCGUCAAGUGUUUGGAGCCAAAUUAUUAUUGUGAGUUGGACGCAUUUACGCGAGUUGCUGGGACUUGUCUGAGACGUUUUACAGGAACCGGAGAUGGAGGAAUUAACGAUAUUCGAGCAGCAUACUAUAACACUCGGCAAAGAUUCCAAGAUGGGGUUUGGCUUUGCGAUAUCAGGAGGCAGAGACCAGCCGAACCCGGACUCAGGGGACACAGCCGUGAUAGUUUCAGAUGUGGUGCGGAACGGACCCGCUAUGGGACGGCUAUUCGUUAGAGAUCAGAUCGUCAUGGUCAAUGGAGUGUCAAUGGAGAAUGUCUACUCUACCUUCACCAUCCAGAACCUCAAGUCAUGUGGCAAAACAGCCAACAUAACAGUGAAGCGUCCUCGUAAGAUCCAGCUCCCCGCCAGCACCAGACCCUCGCGUGCUGCCUCCUAUUCCAACCUGCUGGACCAGGACCUCCCACAGAGGCCCCGACGCUACUCCGAUGGUAGUGACCACGCCCACAAAGCUGACCGCUACCGCUCCGCCCUCGACCGCAACGGGACCGCUCAUGCCCUGCCGCUAAGUUCAGGGUACAAACGGCUCCCACAGCAGGCCUUCCCAGACAAGCCAAUCAAAGCCACCCUGCUGAAGAAGAAACUCACAGACGAGUAUGGACUGAAGUUGGGAAGCCAGAUCUUCAUCAAACACAUGACUGAGACGGGUCUGGCUGCCAAGGAGGGCACUCUGCAGGAGGGAGACCUCAUUCUCAAGAUCAAUGGGAUGACCACAGAGAACCUGUCCCUUCUGGAGACCAAGCACCUGGUGGAGAAGUCCCGGGGAAAGCUGACCAUGAUGGUCCUGCGAGACGACCGCAAGUUCCUGGUCAGCAUCCCAGAAGUGCAGGACAGUGCCCCCAACAGCGAGGAGGACCACCGCGGCAACAGCAGCUCUGAACUGGAGGACAUUUCAGACCUGGAUACAGACAUCCCCACUCCCAGAGACAGAGUGUCACGCUCUGCAACUAGAGAACGACGCACACGCAGAAGAGCUGAGCCUCCUCUAGUAGCUAAGUCACGUGAUCCGUCCCCGGUGCGGUCGACACUGUCCCGGCCUGUUGCUAAAGCCUACCCCUCUCACCGAGCCCUCUCUGAGUCUGACCGUAGUGCAUCACCCGCUCCUGUCAGGAAGGACAGCCCAGACCACGCCAACAAAUACAGAACUCUUUCAGGGCUGUCCACCCUCCCCAACUCCAAAGCCUCACCUGCCGUCUUUGACUGGGUCGCCCCACGUUCCUCCCGUCCCUCCUCCUCCACCUUGAGACCUCGCAAAGUGGUGUCAGAGUCGGACUCGGACCGCAGUGCCUCCCCACCCCCCAGAAGAGGAGAGAGUUCCCGAGUCACAGAGGACCACUCCAGAUACAGAGUGCUCCCUAACCUGCCCCACCCUAGGACACUGAGAGCCUCCCCCAUCACCAUUCGUCAGGAUCCUCCUCGACGGGUCUCCUCUCCUGUCAAAGCCCCACUCCCAGACUCUGAAUCUGAGUCAGACAGCAGCUCUGGGCCCGCCCACAGCCAGGACUCCCGGAGCAGAUACAGAGCCACUCCCUUCAUAGCCAUGUUGCCCCAGGUGGAGCCCCCCAAGUGGAAAGCCCCCAGUGUCACAACGAGCCAUCCUGUUAAAGGGCGCUCAGGAUCAGAGUCGGAGGCUAGCUAUGCGUCAGUCCCUCGACUGGAGUCUGUAGACAGUGGAGGCUCCAGCUCCAGGGUAUCCAAGAACAGAUACAGAGCUCUGCCUGAGAUGAAGUCUUCUCCAGCUCCAGUAGUGAGACAGGACCCCCCUCGACAAGGCAUGACCCCCUCCAGUCCAGUCUCAGGUUCCUCUGAUUCGGACCGUACACCCUCACCCCCUAGGAGGUCUGGGAGUACAGAUGUGGAGAGCAACCACAGUAUUCCACACAGAGCCAAUGGCAAUGUCCGCACUGGGAUAUCAAUGAAGAGCAACCCUCCAGUCUACUCCAAGACAGACGAACCCCUCUACUCCCUACCCCCAGACUCCAUUCCUACACCUAGCUUGGGCUCAGAUCUGAACACAGUGUUGUUUGUGAAGGAGGGGAGCGUUGGCCUGAGACUGGUGGGAGGCAAUGAUGUGGGCAUCUUUGUGGACGGGGUUCAGCACAACAGCCCCGCUCAGGAGCAGGGCAUGAAGGAGGGGGACCAGAUCAUGCAGGUGAAUGGGGUGGACUUUGGUUAUUUCAACCGUGAGGAAGCUGCAAUGUUCCUGAUCAACAUCAAGAGAGGGGAGCCGGUCGACAUCCGUACUCAGAACAAGAUGGACAUUUACAAGAAGAUCCUGAAGUCCAACCUGGGGGACUCGUUCUACAUCCGGACCCACUAUGACAACGAGGUGGAGGGCAACAUCGGCCUAGCCUUCACCAGGGGAGAGGUGUUCAGGGUGGUGGACACCAUGCACAGGGGCAAGCUGGGAAAGUGGCUGGCUAUACGCAUGGGCAACGACCUGCAUGAGCUGGACAAGGGCACCAUCCCCAACCAGGUCAGGGCCGAGACUCUGGCCAGAAUUGAGCAGGCUCAGAGGGCCAGUGGAGAAGGGGAUCGCCAGGUCUCAGGACCCAGGGCAGAGUUCUGGAAACUACGGGGGCUCAGAGGGGCCAAGAAGAACGUCCACAGGACUCAUGAUGACCUGCUCCAGCUUACCAUCCAGGGCAAAUUCCCAGCAUACGAGAGAGUUCUGCUCAGAAAAGCUAAUUUCAAACGGCCAAUCGUCAUCAUGGGUCCUCUGAACGAUGUGGCCAUGGAGAAGCUGGCCAGAGAGAUGCCUGACGAAUAUGAGGUGGCAGAGAUGGCUCCUCAUAGUAGUGGCACAGACACUACUUCCACGGUCAUCAAGCUGGACACAGUACGAAGGAUUGCAGAGAAGAACAAGCACCCUCUGCUGGACAUUACUCCUACUGCAGUGGAGCGUCUGAACUACAUCCAGUACCACCCCAUGGUGCUGUUCCUGGACCCACACAGCAGGAAGGACGUCAAGGUCAUGAGGCAGAGGAUGUGCCCCAAUUCCAACAAGAGCUCCAGACGCCUCUACGCACAGGCCCUCAAGAUGAGGAAGCACUGCAGCCAUCUGUUCACAGCUCGUAUUGAUCUCCAGCCCAGCUGUAAUGUGUGGUAUGAGACUCUGAAAGACAAGAUCAGACACCAGCAGGCCAAACCUGUCUGGGACUCAGAAGUCAUGUUGGAGGGAGGCGGAGAGGAGGAGCUGGAUGCAUUGGACCGGACCCACUCGGACUACCUGAGUGCUGCCAGCGAACUAGAGGACACAGACGGAGAGGUCUACACUGACAAUGAGGACCUGGAGGAACCAUUUGAUCCCAGCAAUCAGCCCCGGAUGUCAAGGCUCACCGCUCUAGCCCGGUCUUCAGAGCCUGCCUCUGAGUACCCCGGCCCCUCCCCCGAGUCCCUGAGAGAGGUUCCACCCCUGAUGCAUGUGUCUGAGCCCAGAUCGACCCGUCGUCCAUCUGACAGCCCUCCUCACGUUGACGUUGCUGAUGACACCCGACCCUAUCAUAGCUUCUCAGAUUCGGACUUCAGGGCCAUUGACCAGGCUGUCCCAACCACCCCCUCGGACACACCCCCUGACUUCAUAGCCCCUGACCCCAGAGUCUCUGUCUCUGUGCCUGAGCCCCCGUCGGCUGAACUGCUGCUAGAGAGCCCCCCAGCUGUCACACUGUCAGUCAUAGAGAAGAAACUUCAACAGACCCGUAUGGCAGAAUCUCAGGAGAGGAAAGCAUCUCCAUCGUUCAUUGUGUUGGCUCACCACCAGGCUGUCCAAACGAGACGCACUCGGAUCCAAGGCAGUGACAGCUCUGACAAUGAAGAGGCUGAUGACAUCGAGUGGAGUCCAGCUACAGAACUUUAGAUUAGAGCACACCAUUCCAGAACUAUAACUCUAGAGAGCACAGACAACGGCCGUGUUCGAGAGCAUCAAAUCCGUGAUGUGACUUACUGAUCUGCAAAUCCUAAUCAGUCGCUAUUUAUGAUAAAGUUCAGUCAUUCGGCAGUCGCCUGCACAAACGAGGCAAUAGCCUCUUAAAUGGGAGAUGUGAAAUGCUCUCAACUUCAACCUUCAAGGAUCACUUGUUUUUUUUGUCCCUCUGUUGGACCAACAUCUUCUUUGGAGAGGUAAGUUGGAGCGCCAAUGCUAGGGCUGCCUUCAGACAUGGGAAUUUAGGCAAUGGCUUCCGCAGACCAGAGCUCUCACCUUUCUUUAUGCUUAAUUCCAAGAGAGGAAGAUGUUUAAUUUCACUGGAAAUUCUAAUAAAAAAACUCAGGGUUUUUGUAUUUCUACAAUUUGCGGUAAGACUGAACUGAAUUGUGUGUACCUUUUUUUUAAAUAAAUGCAAUUUUUUAAAUCAAAACUAUGGAGUCGUUACCAACAACUUUGCUGUCAAGGAUGUCAUUUGAACAAAAAACAUUUUAAAGCUGGAAUCCUAAAUUGAAACUAUAACAGCGGUCACCCCACCUUUGGGGUCAAAACGAGUGCUAUGUAUGCAAGGACUGACCAUUGAUUAUCUAAAAUUAUAUAUAUAGUUAACCAUAUUGAGGCUUUUCAGUGUUUUAGAUUUACUUUGUCUACAAACCAUAGAGUAUAACAAGCUUAUAUUUUGGGUUCUGAUGGGGUAUGUGAUAUAUGGCCAAUUGAACACGGCUAAGGGUUGUUCUUAUGCGCAAUUCGAUGUGCCUGGAUACAGCCCUUAGCCGUGGUAUAUUGGUCAUAUAUCACAAACCCCCGAGGUGCCUUCUUGCUAUUAUAAACUGGUUAACAAUGUAAUUAGAGCAGUAAAAAAUGUUUUGUCAUACCCGUGGUAUACUGUCUUAUAUACCACAGCUGUGAGCCAAUCAGCACUCAGGGCUCGAACCACACAAUUUAUAAUAUUGAAGAAUCAAUGGGUGUACAUCGUUCAUUUAUAAGUCCAAAUAUGGAUGUCGCAACUAAAGAUUCAAGCUUUAAUGGGAAAUGCUCCAAAAACAAUUAUGGACAUUCACAGAACACUGGAUAUAAUGAAGCUCAAUUUUCUAUCCUGCUUCAUUUGUCUGUUAAAAUGACUGAUUUUGUAAAGAUUUUGUUCAUUAAAGAUUACAGAUAUGGCAAUGAA